AGAAGAGAAACUCAGUUGCGCUGAGAUGCAAGCUGAGGUGGAUGGAGAAGGAAGGGUCUGCUGGAGUGGUAGCUGGGCAACACCACUUCAUAACUUCAGUUAGAUUUCUUCACUUGGAAGAGACUUCACACAUGUGCUACAGGAGGAAAGCUGGAGAAGAGGCCAUUCCGCUUUGUUUUGAGCAGCUGAAGACUGCAAAGGCAAGUCUCUCUUUCAGAGGCUCUGAAUAAUUCACAGCUAAAAGUCUGCAAUUCCUAUUUGAAAGCAGAAAUGCAACACCCACACUCUCAUCUGGUACCACCCAUCUGCAUCCAUGCAUGCAAGAUCUUAAUGGUCAGGCUGGAGAAAGGAUCAGCACAGUAACUCAGCCUGGGCGUUAUUUACUCCCCUUCAUUUGUGGACAGUCCUACUGACGUGUUCAAAAUCACAAUCUUAUUUCAGAGCUCGACUCAAAGGCUGAUCCUUACACCUAUAGAAAGUCAAGGAAGCAUUCACCCUUGUCCAGUAAGGGUGACGAAGGGAACAAAAUGAUCAAGGCAACCUUACUGCAGCCUUGUCUCCAACCUCAGUCAAACUAUGCAGGGCCUGGCAAACUAAACCAAAAUCCACACAGUUCUAAGAAUCCCAGCUGUGGAGAAGGCUAUGGUUGUCCGGGGAGGCAGCAAGAGAAGGAGAAAGAAAGCAAUCCAGUUGGAAAGAGAUCUGAUAGAAAGGACCAAGAGAUAAAAGAAUCCGCAAGAGAUAAUUUCCAGCAGGAAGCCUGCAAAACCAAUGGAGAGAUACUACCUCUCAAAACAGAUGAUAGUGGAUUGGUACCCAGCAAUGAACACCCUGUAAUGAGAGACCCUCUAAGGCCUGCUUCAGGCCUGCUCCAUUCUGGGCCUAACAACAGAAGUGACCAAAGCCAAGAAUGGAAAGUGGUGAAGGUUAAACGAGUCCUUAUUUCUCCUGUUGGUGAGCCUCAGAAAGCAAAUAUUUCAAGAAGUGCAAGCCUUUCUGAAAAAGAGCUGAAGGAAGCAAAAGCCAGGAGCCAAAGAAUUGCUGCCCAGUUGACAACCCCACCUAAUUCUAACUCCAAAGGUGUGCUGUUGUUUCACCGACGCAAGCAGCGAGUAAAUGCAUUUACCUUAGAAAACACUAAGAAAUAUAAGGAACAAGCAGCUCUAGAGGACUGCCCCAAAGCACACAUCAUCCCAAGCCAUGGAAAAGGGCUCCAUUUGAAGGAGACCUUCAGCAACAACAGGGAGCUGAAAGGAUUUUCCCACAUCAAAGAUUCUGGGUUGUGGGCACAAAAAGGCAGCAUGGAAAAACAUGAAGACAGCCUGCCUGUAGAACAGACUGCAGGACAGGGCCCUCAAAGGAAUAAAAUAAAAAGUGAGGAGACUGUUUCUGCAAUGAACACAUUAUCCUCUGAGGAGAUUCCAGCAGAAGACUUUCAACAAAUCCCUCUCAGCGUGUACCUAAAAGAGAACACAGAGACUGCCUCAACUAAUGGAAUGCAUGAACCUCCCACCAAUGAGCUUGAAAAGAUGCCUGUUGUUGAACAAACACCAGUCAUUGACAGCAUGAAAAGCCUACCACCUAUUGUGGAUGAGGAGCUGUACUUGCCUGGCAGUGUGAGAGAGAAUAAUAAUGCCUCUCCUGAAAAGGAGCCAUAUACACUGCAGACAGACAGGGGAAAUAAUGUUCUUGAUAAAGAGCCAUAUUUACCACUUGCUGGUAGUGAAAGUAACAACAAUGCCCCGGACAAGGAAUUGUAUAUGCCUGUUACUGACAGGGAGAAUAACAUUGUUCUCGACAAGGCAUUGAGUGAAGCAGUUAUUGACAAGAAAGAGAAUGAAGAGAUUCUUAACAAGGAACAGGAUAUGACAGUUAUCGAGAAUGAGAAAAAUCUCCCUACUAUGGACACUGAGAAAUCCAUUCUGAUUACUGACAGACAGCCCAAGGACACUCCAACUCAUAAUAAUAAGCAGUACUGUGAAGUACGCCUGACUUUGUCCAAACCAAUGCCUGUGAAGAACCGAACGGCCAGACCCUUUGGGACUCAGUCAUUAGUUACAACUCAAACACCAGCAGAGAAAAGCUCUCAGUCAUUAGUUACAACUCAAACACCAGCCGAGAAAAGCCCUGUGGUGGAGCUUCCUCCACCACCCACCUAUGCAGAAACAUUUUCCAGUCCUCCGCCGGUAACUAGAGUCAGGUCACCUCCAGCCUAUUCAGCUCUAUACCCUAAUGAAGAGCAGAAAGCCUCCAUCUCACAAGUAGUUAACUAUGAAGACAGCAGAUCAGAAGACAGAGCACCACCUCCAACUAAAUCAGGCAUUCUGGAGGACUCUAUUACCCACAGAGCUGCCAAAAAGUCCAUGUUUACUUUUGUGGAGAAGCCAAAAGUGGCACCAAAUCCUGACCUCUUAAACUUAGUCCAGAGAGCAGAUAAUAGAAAAAAGCAGAGAGGAAGAACAGUUCCUGAGGAUGAACCAUUUGCUCUGGGAGCAGAGGCCUCUAAUUUUCUGCCUGAAAAUACAUUAGAUGGCCUAGCCCAAGCUACUGCAGAUAGUGUCCCUGAAUGGUCUUCAUGUUUGAGGUCACCAAGAAUACAACCCAAACCUAAGAUCAAAUCCAACCAAAACUUAACAGAGGCAAGAGGAAAGGGAGCAGAAUUAUUUGCCAGGAGACAGACAAGGAUGCAAAAGUACAUCAUAGAGUCCCCAUCACACUCUGAUGUAGCAAGGUCACCUUCACCUACUAUUUCCCUCCCUCCUUCCUGGAAAUAUGCUUCAGAGACUCAUCUGUCCCCCAUGGCAUUCCAACCUCUACCCAAAAGUCCAGUAAGAUCUCCAAGAGCUCCCCCUCCUGUACCUUUAUACAACAGCAACAUGACAGAGAGUGAGAUUUCCAAAAAGGAGUUGGAAAUUUCCAAGCAACAGCCAUACCAGCUCCAAUCUUCCUUGUUUAUCCUUUCCCCAGCCAAAGAUCCAAUGAGGUCUUUACCAAGAGCAGCACCACCACCAAAGCCUGUGGUUCCUGAACCCAGCUAUAUGAGACAGGCUUCUUGCCCAACAUCUCCCUUGCCACCUUCUCCUGUUUUGUAUCUACCUGUCCAGUCAAGUCCAAGCAGACCAUUACCUGGCCAUUUUGCUCCAUCUGCUGGAACUGCACUUGCAUCUCAAAAUAUCACAACUGCUAGAGCAUCAACAGACACAUCUAUUGAAUAUUCCAACAGAAUUUUGUCUCCAAGAGCUAAAGGGGUCUACCAAGCUCCAAGGCCUUCUUAUUCCACCAAGGAUGCAGGAAUUGAGCCUCAGGAAAGAAGAGUGUCCCUCCCUGCUUCCCCAAUGUGGAUUCCACAAUUGGUCCACCAGCCUAGCAGUUUAGAUGGUUGGGUGAGCCCAGCCCAAACUCCAGAACCUGAGGAAGGGCACAUGGAAGCCUUUCAAGCAGCCAGCAUCAUGACCCCACCUCCUAUGUCUCCCUCAUGGAGUGAAAGGUCUCUGUCUCCAUUUUGGCAGGAGACUGAUCCCAAGUCCAGCCGUCAGAUGCAGGUAAUACUGGCCAGAAACAUCAUCAAUGCUGCCAGAAGGAAGAGCUCUUCUCCUAAAGCUGUAGGGAUAGAUAGCUUCAGGCCUUUCACUCCCCCUGCCUCCUCUGCCAAUGUGUUGUACUCAGGUGGCAGUCCUAAGAACACUACUAAUUCCUCAAGCCCAGUGCAGUCUCCCAAGCCAACAAGAAUGGAAGGAUACAGACGUGUCUCCCUCCCAGUCACAACCACAACACCACCACAAGUCAGUGCAUCAUCAAACAAUAGCCCCAGAUUAAUGGGCAGCCAUUCCCCAAUUUAUAAAAGUCCACUACAAUCUCCAAAAGCUGUGCGAAUGAAUGGGAACAAGUACUUCACAUUGCCUGCCAACAGUGGGGCAUCAGUAUUCAGUGCAGCAUCCAGUAAUGGACCAAGAACAAUUGGCAACCAUUCUAUGACCUACAGGGAUCCAGCACCAUCUGCCAAACCAUCAGUCUUGGAUACUCACAGGAUCUUCACACCACCAGCAAGUGCAACCAGAAAAUCAUCAUGUACUAGCCCUAAGAAUCUGGACAACUUUUCUCCAACCAUCAAGAGUCCCCUCAAGUCUCCCAUGAUGGGAACACAUUAUCCAGUGAAGCGCUACACCUCUAGUUCACCUACCAACUCAGAUGUGUCCAUUGACUCUGAAGACUCUGGGAUCAAGUCACCCAGUAUCCGUAGCUUCAACAUUUGUCCCCGAGGCUGGAAUGGAAGUUUGAGGCUGAAACGAGGUAGUCUGCCAGCAGAAGCACCCUGUACUUCCUAAACUUGGGACAACAGAAGUUAGCUAGGAAAUAGAUGAGAUCUGUUUUUAAAUAUUUCUAUAGGCCUGUAGCACUACAACUACCAAAUCCUGCCAACCCAGUUUAGUAUCAGGAAGAAGGAGCUGGUUCUGUAAAGACAAGAUGUAGUUUUUCUUCUCAGCUCUUACUGGGGAUUUUCAGUACGGGGUAGAACUUGUUCAUUUGACAGAAUAACUGUAGGCAGAGGUGUCCUAAGGUGAGGGAUAUGUGACUCUGGCUGUGCCCCAAAGCACCAUAUUUUAGGAGGAUCCCUUUCGUUUCCUCCCAUCGUACAUUUGGUGUAUGUAUUUGGUUUUCACAACUUUGGAGUCAACUGUCUCAGGAGUCGUCAGUGCCAUCUUUGUGAAAGGUGAAUUUGACUUGGACUGCUUUUGUUUCUACUCUGAAAUAUCCAUUUGGAGGAUAUAAAAGACGAAGCCUGCAAAUUGCCGUUCCAGUGGUAUAAUCCCCAGUUAGAUGUCAGGAAGCAAGCAGGAAAAGAGGCCCACCAACCUUGCGUCUGCCUUCCAUUGUAAUAAUUUUUCCUGUAUUUUGACAAGAUCUUGAAUCAGACCUACUAACAAUGGUCUGAGGGGAUGAGUAGAAAGCAGGGGAAGGGAGCAAGAAGCCCAUUUAAUUGUUAUUCCCCCUAGCUGAUUUGUACAGUAAGAGCUGGCUUUACAUAAAUUCUAGAGGAGGAUAGCUAUGGCAUUCUCCUCUCUGUACCAGGAGUUGUGAUAACUAACAAUAAGAAUAAAGGCUGAGAGGGAGAACUGAAAUGAGUUACAAAAUUACAAAGUGAAGAUCUUUUACACAUGAAUAAUUCAAGCCAAUCUUCAGAAAGUUACCAAUGUCCAAGAAAAUCUGGAACUCUUCUAACAGAGAAGUGAUUAUUAGCCAAGCAUGUGGAGAGAACACGAUAAACACCACAUGUCCUCAUACAAGGCUAACAUCCCCAAAUCAGUGUCUCAUAGCCGUCCUUUUUGUUAUGAAAAAAAAACAAGCUUCCUCUCUAAAGCACUGAUAAGUGGGUAGACACCGGAUCUUCUGUGCGCAGGGUUUCUCUGUCAAGCACUGGCCAAAGUGUGGAUCUGUUAAAAUGAGGAA